GGGACUUAGAAUCUAGAACUCUAUCCAUUGUGCCACUUGACUGUCACUUUUAACUACUUAGAACCUCAAUUUCUUUUCUGAAAAUUGGUUAUAACUAUUUUUUCAUCGUAUUUCAGUGUUGCUUCCCCUAGUUCAGAAGUUCACACCGGGAUUUUAUCAUUUUGUAUCAUUUCUGUAGGUAAAAUUAUCAUAAGAACUUUUUUUUCUAUAGCUUCUCUAUUACUCUUCUUACAGUGUUUUUUAAUAAGUUUUUAUUGGUCUUAAAUUUCUUAUGUCAUCAACGUUGUUCCCAGUAUUCCUUAAAUUUCCCCUUCCCAGAGAGCCAUCCCAUAUAAUGAAGAUGUGUCAUUUUUUUUUAAGAGGAAAGAAAAACAGCAUAACUGAAGAAAUGCAUUGACAAAAUCCAAAAAUAGAUGCAAUAUAUGUUACCUACAUGUGGACCUAUCACUUCCUGAAGGGAUUCAAAAUGGAAAGUACAGAAGAACCUCAGAAAAAAAUCUUUAAAGCCCGAAAAACAAUGAGAGUGAGUGAUCGUCAACAACUUGAGGUGGUAUACAAAGUCAAAGAAGAGCUACUGAAAACUGAUGUCAAACUUUUAAAUGGCAAGCAUGAAAAUGGUGACUCUGACCUAAAUUCACCAUUAGAUAGUACUGACUGCAUAGAUGAUAAGGAGGUGAAUGGCAUAGAAGAUGUUUGUUUGGAUCUUGAAGAAAAGAAAUCUGAAUUGAAAGAACCCUCUCCUAAUUUCUUAAAUAUUGAUGUAAGAGAAGAGGAUGAAGAAUCGAGUCAAAAAUGUGAAACAGCAUCUCCUAAAAAUACAGUUUAUGAACCAGAACAAGAUACUGUCCCUGAAACUGAAAACACAGUUCCCAAUAGCAAUAAAGAAGAUGGUGAUAUCCUUGAAAAAAAUAGCACAGAUGAUGAAAAUUUGGACCAAAGAGAAAAAGAAAGCCCACUUGAAGACAAAACUAUAGUUAGUGAUAAAAUUGAAAUUGAAGAAGAAAAACUGGAGUCAAAUACUGUACCUGUUAGUGCUGAUCUUCCAACUGAAGAUGAAAAGAAUAUGGAGGAAAAUCCUGUUACAGAGUCAGCUUUUGAAGAAGAAGCUAUAUCUAGUAGUAUGGAAAUAGAUAAAGAUGCAAAGAGUGAAGAUGACAAAUCUCCAGGUCUUCCAGAAACCACUGAUGAAAAUGCUGAAGAUGAGAAAAAUGAGAAAAUUUUAGACAACACAGACUCUAUGGAGACAGAUGAAAUUAUUCCCAUUUUGGAAAAACUAGCUCCUGCUGAAGAUGAACUUAGCUUUUCUAAAACUUCCCUCAUUCCACUUGAAGAGACAAGCCCAGAUUUGGGAGAAAAAUUGGAGAACUCUCUAGGUUCACCAUCCAAGCAAGAGAGUAGUGAGAGUUUGCCAAAAGAGGCUUUCUUGGUACUCUCUGAUGAAGAGGAAGCUUCUGGUGAAAAAGAUGUUGAAGUUGUGUUGCCAGUUGAAUCAAGUUCUCCAGUAGAAACAGAGACAAAAGAAAAGGAUUCGAAAUUAGAAGAAGAAAAGGAAGCUCAUAAAGAAGAAGAAAGGCCUGGAAAAAAUGAAUUGUUGUCGAGGAGAAAACGGUCCAAAUCAGAAGAUAUGGAUAAUGUGCAAUCUAAACGUCGUCGAUAUUUGGGAGAAGAAUAUGAAGCAGAACUCCAAGUAAAGAUUACUGCAAGAGGAGACAUCAACCAGAAGCUCCAAAAAGUUGUACAGCGGCUUUUAGAAGAAAAACUGAGUGCUUUGCAGUGUGCCGUGUUUGAUAAGACUUUAGCAGACUUGAAAAUGCGCGUGGAAAAGAUUGAAUGUAAUAAAAGGCAUAAAACUGUUCUUAAUGAAUUGCAGGCUAAAAUAGCCAGGUUGACCAAACGCUUCGGAGCAGCCAAAGAGGACCUUAAGAAAAGACAAGAAAACCCACCAAAUCCACCAAAUCCACCUGUGUCACCAGGGAAGUCAUCUGCAAAUGAAGUUGUUAGCAUUAAUAACUUAACUUAUAGAAAUGCUGGCACAGUGAGACAGAUGCUGGAGUCUAAGAGAAAUAUUGGAGAAAGUACACCACCUUUUCAAGCUCCUGUCAAUGCAGUUUCUUCAACCAGUCUUGCCACCCCGCAGACAAUGGUUGGUGGUCAACCUAAAUCUCAAACUCCAGUAACCUCUGGUUCCUUGACGGCAUCAGUUCUUCCUGCACCAACUACGGCUCCAGUAGUUGCUUCUACCCAGGUGUCUAGUGGAAACUCGCAACCAACAAUAUCUUUACAGUCUUUGCCAGUGAUUCUACAUGUACCUGUUGCAGUAUCCUCCCAGCCUCAGCUCCUACAGGGCCACACAGGGACUUUGGUCACUAAUCAACAGCCUGGCAAUGUUGAAUUUAUUUCUGUGCAAAGUCAGUCUACAGUUAGUGGUCUUACCAAAAAUCCCACACCCUUGCCAUCAACAAACCCCACCAAACCAAAUAACAGCCCAUCUGUAACCAGUCCUAGUAUUCAGAGGAACUCUCCAGCCAGUGCUGCACCUUUAGGAACAACACUUGCAGUACAGGCUGUUUCAGCAGCACACCCUAUUGCACAAGCCACAAGGACUUCUUUACCUGCAGUAGGUACUUCAGGACUGUUUAAUCCAGCCAGCAAUCGAUCUAUACAGAUGAAAAUUCCACUUGCUGCAUUUGGUACUACUUCUACUGCUGAGCCUAGCAGUACCACAGUUCCAUCUAGAAUUGAGAACCAGACCAACAAAACCACAGAUGCGUCUGUGAAUAAAAGAGCAGCUGAAAAUACACCACAGAGUGGAAAAGCCACAGGCAGUGAUUCAGGAGGUGUCAUUGAUCUCACAUUGGAUGAUGAAGAAGUUGGUACUUCCCAAGAUCCAAAAAAACUAAAUCACACAUCUGUGUCGUCAGCGAUGAGUCAGCCUACUCAGCCGCUUCCUCGUCCAUUGCAACCCUUGCAGCCUGCUCCUUUGCAGCAGGCUGGGGUGCCAACAAGUGGACCAUCCCAAACGACCAUACACCUACUACCUACAGCUCCAACCACCGUGAAUGUAACACAUCGGCCAGUGACUCAGGCUACUACAAGACUCCCUAUUCCAAGAGUUCCUACUAAUCACCAAGUGGUUUAUACCACUCUUCCUGCACCACCAGCCCAAGCUCCAGUAAGAGGAGCAGUUUUGCAAAACUCUACUGUACCUAUUCGACAGGUCAAUCCUCCAAAUGGGGUCACAGUGCGAGUGCCUCAAGCAGCUACAUAUGUUGUAAAUAAUGGACUAACCCUUGGAUCAACAGGGCCUCAACUAACAGUACAUCACCGACCCCCACAGGUGCAUCCUGAGCCAUCUCGCCCUCUGCACCCAGCACCCCUACCAGAAGCUCCUCAACCACAACGUCUGCCCCCUGAAGCUGCCAGUACCUCCCUUCCUCAGAAGCCACACUUGAAGUUAGCUCGGGUCCAAAGCCAGAAUGGCAUUGUCCUAUCCUGGAGUGUCCUGGAAGUGGACCGUAGCUGUGCCAGUGUAGAUAGCUACCACCUCUAUGCUUACCAUGAGGAUCCCAGUGCCACAAUGCCAUCACAGUGGAAGAAAAUUGGGGAGGUAAAAGCACUUCCUCUGCCUAUGGCAUGUACUCUCACUCAGUUUGUGUCUGGCAGCAAGUACUACUUUGCUGUCCGAGCCAAGGACAUUUAUGGACGUUUUGGACCUUUCUGUGAUCCCCAGUCAACGGAUGUGAUCUCUUCCCAGAGCAGUUAAACACUUGGAGCCUUUACAUCUGUCUUCUUUUCAGAGUUUCCUUUUUUUGGUCUUGUUUUUAAUCUUGUGCAUGAUAUUCACUGUAAAAUCCACAUUCUGCAAGAUUUCUUGGACAGAUGUGUGUAAUACACUACAUACAUUUAUAUCCAGAAGUAAAAUAAACUCUCAGUCCACAAAGCAAGAACUAUUUUCCUGGACAUUUCAAGCUUCAGGAUUUUGAAAUAUAAAUGUGCACCUUCCUUUGAGUUUUGAGAUUUGGGGGACAUUUUGUGUGUAUGAGAGUGUGAAUGUGAGAGAAUGUGCGGGUAUGAGUGUUGCUUUCCUGUUUGUUUGUUUCAUUGCAGCAGUUUCUCCUUUUUACAUCCUCAUAUUUACCUCUAUUUCAGGAUAGAGUGUAAAGGUCAAGGAGAAAAUGGCAUGAAAAGUUAGGAUUUUGCUUCUUAAUGAGGGUGGGUUCAUACUUUGCACUACAUAACUGAAGCUAAACAUAAUCCAAAGAAACAAUCAAACAAAAAGCACAUGCAAACUAAUUGAUUUCUUCACAUCUUUCUUAACUUGGGUCCCUUUCCUAGUCUCUGCUUAACAUUUGAAGAGGGAAAGGAAUAUUUUAUUUCUGACCUACACUUUCUGUGCUGAAGAUAUGUUCUCAAAACAUAUUAAUGAAGGAAGAGGACAUUAAUUCUGGUCAGUUUUAGUAAAGAUAAAAAGCUCUUCUGCUUGAAUCUGAGAACAUCUGUAGCCUAUUUAUUAUCUGCUUAAUUAAUAAUCCCCCUCAGCCAUUCCUGUCUCUCUUACCAAUUCUUUUUAUUUUGUGCCUUAAAAAAUAACUGUAAAAAUAAACAUGGCCAUAUCUCCAUUGUGUUUACUUUUUUCCCUUUGAGAUUUUCAUUUAGUAUCUCCAUUUUCCCCUAACUUCAAAAAAUGAUUUUUUUUCCUAUUAUAAAAUUUUGUGGUUAGGGGAAACAAAACUUUAGACUCUUUUAUGAUUCUUACUCCAUGGCAUCAUUGGGUCUAUUCAAAAUUUGUGAAUAAGCUGUCUGUCUUCCCUCUUCCCUCAUUAUAAUAUGUUCAAAAUUUUGAUUGUUACUACCAGUUAAGCUGACUGCAUGCAGUAUGUGGACUGAAAUUUUAUCAGGUUUUAUUUUAAAAGCAUCAUUCUUCAUACAUCUAUUGGCAUUGGUUUUGCCCACUUGCAACAGAGAUUAAUAAGGCAAUUGUAGCUUAUUAUUACCAUAAAUUUUUAAUACUCUCUUCAUUUUAGAGUAGCAAAACUAUGUCCAAUAACUAAGAUCCAAGGCAAAACUUAGCUUUAUAAAACUUGUUAAAUUUACUGUCUCAAUGUUUUGGAGCAACCAGUGUGCUAUUUUAAAAUAAAUCAAGUGGAGAAUGGUUCA